GUAGCAGAAAAAAAUACUUCCUUAAGGAUAGUCAAUUUCAUAAAUAUAUGUAUUCAAGACCAGAUAAAAUAAAAAUAAAUAAAUAAAUAAAUAAAACAGUAACACCAGCUAACCUCGAAAUGUUUAGUGAUUGCAAGCUACCUGUUCUGAUCUAAAAUGGCGAGGAUGACGUCACCCAACGACCCGAGGUUCCCACGUGGGGACAGCACGCUGCGAUUGGACGGACCGCCUUGACUCCAUGUCCGGGUGUCUGAUUGGUUCACGAGAGGCGCUUUCGCGGCAGUGCAGCCCUCGUGUCAGUAGUCUGUCUGUCUGUGUGUGGCACAGGGCAACGGCGCUGGAUGGAGAGGAAACGUGAGAGCGGACUACAGCGUUACACAUCCAACCCUUCCUAAAGCUCUUCAGAAUCUCGGAAGUACAUUUUGGAGCGAUUUUUUUUGUUUUGUUUUGGAUUACGCGACCGGUCGACUGAGCGGCGGAGUUUUGUGCGGUGAAGUGAGUGAAUCUUUGAGCGCCUGGGCUCGGGACCUGCAGCAGGAGAAGCAGUCGUCUCUAGUCGCCUUGUAGAGAGAGAGAGAGAACGACGGGAGGUUUCAGGUUUAUCUCAGUCGUUGGUACUGAAACAUGAACAUUUUCGACGUUUGGUCGACGGAACUGCGUUAGAGUCUCACUCUGAGUUCCCAGGACAGCGGUUCCGCGUUUUUAAAGUGGCUUUCGGUGCUGUUUGGACGCUCGGAGACGCGAAGGCAGGUGCAGGGGUUCGAGCGGAUCUGAGAGCAGGGGAGUGUGUUGGUCGGGGUGUGUUUACCCCCAGCAGCUCUGGCCGAUGUGCUGAAUUACACUGGGUCAUCUCCAUCCAGAAAACCGGCGAGCCUCCGAGAAAUAAAGGAUACAUUUCAAGAUGUAUCCGCAGGGCCGGCAUCCGGCGCCCCACCAGCCUGGUCAGCCAGGCUUUAAAUUCACUGUGGCAGAAUCGUGUGACCGAAUCAAGGACGAAUUUCAGUUCCUGCAAGCUCAGUAUCACAGUCUUAAGGUGGAGUAUGACAAAUUGGCCAAUGAGAAGACGGAGAUGCAGCGCCAUUAUGUCAUGUACUAUGAGAUGUCCUAUGGGCUGAACAUUGAAAUGCACAAACAGACUGAGAUUGCUAAAAGGCUUAACGCAAUUCUAGUUCAGAUCAUGCCCUUUCUGUCACAAGAGCACCAACAGCAGGUUGCACAGGCUGUUGAACGUGCCAAGCAAGUGACAAUGACUGAGCUGAAUGCCAUCAUCGGGGUACGUGGACUUCCCAAUCUGCCUCUCACCCAGCAGCUCCAGGCACAGCACCUCUCUCAUGCUGCCCAUGGCCCUGUGGCUCUGCCUCCACACCCCUCGGGCCUCCAGCCCCCGGGCAUCCCCCCAGUUACAGGUACCGGCUCAGGCCUGCUGGCACUAGGUGCACUGGGCAGCCAGCCUCACCUGCCAGUGAAGGACGAGAAGAACCACCAUGACCUGGAGCACAGAGAGAGCACGAACAACUCAAUUUCCCCAUCUGACAGCCUGCGUACUGCCAGUGAGAAGCAUCGCGGUUCCUCUGACUACAGCCUGGACUCCAAGAAGCGCAAAAUGGAAGAGAAGGACAACAUGAGCAGAUAUGAUAGUGAUGGAGACAAAAGUGAUGAUCUUGUGGUUGACGUUUCUAAUGAGGACCCUGCUACACCCCGAGGCAGCCCAGCACACUCCCCACCAGAAAAUGGCAUUGACAAGCCACGCCCCCCAAAAAAGGAUACACCUAAUAGUCCUGCCUCAGUGGCCUCAUCUGGCAGCACACCUUCUUCUAAAACCAAGGAGCAUGGCCAUAAUGAUAAAUCAUCCACACCUGGUCUCAAGUCUAACACUCCCACUCCACGGAAUGAUGCCCCGACCCCCGGCACCAGCACCACGCCAGGGUUGCGGCCCAUUCUGGGCAAACCGCCCAUGGAGGCUCUGCCUGCUCCUGCGCUGCGAACUCCCCUUUCCAUUGCUGGCUCUUACCCAGCUCCUUUUGCCAUGAUGGGCCACCAUGAGAUGAAUGGCUCGCUCACAAGCCCUGGGGUCUACGCCGGCCUACACAUCUCUCCCCAGAUGAGUGCGGCUGCUGCUGCUGCAUAUGGCCGUCCGUCCAUUGCUGGUUUUGAUCAUCCUCAUAUGAGAGCCCCAGGCCUCCCUGCUAGCCUCACAUCAAUCUCUGGAGGAAAGCCAGCCUAUUCAUUCCAUGUGAGUGCUGAUGGACAGAUGCAGCCUGUGCCAUUCCCUCCUGAUGCUCUGAUGGGCCCUGGGAUCCCCCGCCACGCCCGCCAAAUCAACACCCUAAGCCACGGCGAGGUGGUAUGUGCGGUCACCAUCAGCAACCCUACACGUCAUGUCUACACUGGAGGCAAGGGCUGUGUGAAGAUCUGGGACAUCAGCCAGCCUGGUAGCAAGAGUCCUGUGUCCCAGCUCGACUGUCUGAACCGGGACAACUACAUCCGUUCCUGCAAGCUGUUGCCUGACGGUCGUACGCUGAUUGUGGGUGGCGAAGCAAGUACCCUGACCAUCUGGGAUUUGGCUUCACAGACGCCACGCAUCAAGGCUGAGCUGACCUCAUCAGCCCCGGCCUGCUACGCUCUGGCCAUCAGCCCUGAUGCUAAGGUCUGCUUCUCCUGUUGUAGUGAUGGCAACAUUGCCGUCUGGGACCUCCAUAAUCAGACGCUUGUCAGGCAGUUCCAGGGCCACACAGAUGGUGCCAGCUGCAUCGACAUCUCUCACGAUGGCACUAAACUGUGGACGGGUGGCCUGGACAACACCGUGCGCUCGUGGGACCUGAGAGAAGGGCGGCAACUGCAGCAACAUGAUUUCACCUCUCAGAUCUUCUCACUGGGCUACUGCCCAACGGGUGAGUGGCUGGCUGUGGGCAUGGAGAGCAGCAAUGUGGAGGUGCUCCACCACACCAAGCCGGACAAGUAUCAGCUCCACCUGCAUGAGAGCUGUGUGCUGUCCCUCAAAUUCGCCUACUGUGGUAAAUGGUUCGUGAGCACUGGGAAGGACAAUCUGUUGAACGCGUGGAGGACUCCCUACGGCGCCAGCAUAUUCCAGUCAAAGGAAUCAUCUUCAGUCCUGAGCUGUGACAUCUCAGCAGAUGACAAGUACAUUGUCACCGGCUCUGGUGACAAGAAGGCCACGGUGUAUGAGGUGAUCUACUAGGAAGCGGUAACUGAGUGGAGAAGUUCAGCCCAUGUUGAAAAGGAGAAACGGGGAAUGGUGUGUUGAGGGAAACCAUGCUCCUUUUCUCCUCGCCAGAUAAACACUCUGUCUACCUGACUCUCAUCCCUCGUCAUCCCCUUUUUCGUGGACUGUGUGACUAGCAGCAGCCUGGAAUAGUCAGAUAUGGACUGAUUUAAACCAGCACUUGAACUGGUCUGGUGGAGACUGGGCAGCCUUUCACCCAGUCACUAAUGCUUCUUACUUGCUCAUUCCUUGCCCACUACACCUAACGAAGGGCAUUUGGCACUAGAGAAGAGAAUCUUUUUUUUUUUCUUUUUCUUUUCUUUUCUUGUUGGAUUUUAUGUCUUUAUUUUAUUUUUAUUUUUUUUUUAAAUAAGGUAAGAAUGUUGCAGCAUGAAGCGGUGCUUCGUUCUGAAACUUUAUUCAUGUGGAGGUUUUGUGAAAAGUGUACAUAAUGGAGUAUUAAAAGGCCUUUUAUAGAUUUAUAUUUUGGUGUUCAGUUACACUCACAAUGGUUCUUUCUCUCUCUCACCCUCUCCUUGAUGCUUUGUUUUUUUCCGCUGGGGUUUGGAAAUUAGAUUAGGACAUUAUUUUUUUUCUAAGGAUAUUCUAUCUCUUUUUGUUCCUGAGAAGUUAAUUUUCUAGGCUGACCUUUUAUGGAAAUCUAAUUUACCCCCCUCCCUUACUCUGAAAAAAAAAUUGAGCUAGAUCAUAUUUCGGGGAUGUGUGUGGAUUAUUAUUAUUAUUAUUAUUAUUAUUAUUAUUAUUAUUAUUUUAUUUUUUUAUAAAUACCCUGUGAAUUUGUCCCCUCUGAGUGGUGGAGAGCCCCCUGCCUUAUAAACUUCUGUGAGCACCAGAGGCUGAUGUCUAGCAGAAAGGGCAGCGCAGGAGGAUGGACGCUCUAAAAAGUGACUCUUCUAACCUCCUAGAAGUGUGGCCUCCUAUGAGACAGAGUUGCCUCAAGAGUGGAGGGGCCAAACAAGGUAGCUGUAUAAAAGGCAUGUGUGUACUGACUGAGAGGAGGACCCUUCACCUGAUCUGUGACUUCAUUACAUUGGUGCAUUGACAGGACUCAGCAUUUUGUCUUGUAAUGGAUGAACAUGAUUUGGAUUAAUAUUGGUUAAUAUUUCCCCCGUUUCCCUUUCUUUGGAGCCUCCUUGGAAUUUGUGUGCAUAGUGUCCCAUAUGCAAAAAGCACAGAGUUAGUUUAUUUGUCUGUAGCACCAAACGAAACAUAAUGUCCAAGUUAGACAUACAAACUUUAAUCAGACAAUUGGCCGACUUCCUGCCUUACAAAGAGUCAGUGGAUACAGUCAUGUCUUAAAACACACACACACACCAAAGUAUGUAGCAAACUGUGUUGUCACUGAAGAUAUGUACAGUUGUUGAUAUUUCAAUAAACUGUUUUUGUAAAAAAAAAAAAUAAUUAUUAUUUACUAGAUCCUAUUUAUUGCUUUGCUUUAUGUUACUCGAAUACUUUGAGCCUGACAGUGUUCUAGUGUGAUCAAUGGAGAACUGAACUUACCCACUUAAAGGAGGCAUGACACGAACUUGGCUUUUCAGCCUCCCUGAAUGGGUCUAUUGCCAUUGGAGUACUUUUAGGGUGCUGGCAGAAACAAUUGCCCUCUCCAGCCCAUUUCUCCCUUUCUGUUACUGAGCAGACACAGGGGCUUUCGCAUCGAGUCCCUCUUCUGGCUGCCUCUUCAGUAAUGUUGUUGUUGUUGCCUAAUAAAAGCUGAGGCGGAUGCUUUCGGCUCUAUGACUCUCUUUUUCACCCUUUCUUUCCCUGUCUUUCCCAGUAACCCCCUCCAUUCCCAAGCCAAUGAAGUGUGCAUUUCCUGAGUGCAUUUCGUAUGGUGGCUUCCCUUUUCUAGUUCAGCUUUCUUACUCAAUCAAUCAACUGAGGGGCCAUGUAGGGGCCAUGAAAGGCUCUUGCUCCCUUCUGAGUACUUGACGGUGGGCUCUGGAGAAGGCCAUAGGCCACCUAGUGUUCUGCCCU